CUUCUCCAUAUAAAAUUUCACUUCAAUUUUUUUUUUCUUUCAAAAAACCAAAAAACCAAAACCCCAAAUUUCAACAUGAAAAACCAUUAUGCUUUCGUAAUUAUUCAAUUUAUUGUCACUUUCUCCGCCUUUGAACAUUUUACUCGUGCCCAUUUCUUUCCCAAUAUUACUUCCAUCCCACUACCACGCGCCUUGCCCGGGAACGGUAGCGCGUGGGACGCCUUCAACAAGUACCUCGGCUGCCGCGCCGGCGAGAAGGUCGACGGGUUAGCCGAGCUCAAGAAGUACCUCCAUUGCUUCGGCUACAUCUCCAACUCCACCGGCUUCACGGAUGACUUCGACGGCUUGCUCGAGUCGGCGGUCAAGAUUUACCAGAGGAAUUUCAAUCUCAACGCGAGCGGUGAGCUCGACGCGCCGACUAUCCAGCACAUGAUGCGGCCGCGAUGCGGGAACGCGGAUAUCGUCAACGGCACGUCCACCAUGGCUGCCGGCAGGCCGCGGAAUUCGUCGGCGAUGAUUCACGCGGUGGGUCAUUACUCGUUUUUUCAGGGACGGCCGCGGUGGCCGGAGGGGAAGACCGAGUUGACCUACGCGUUCUUGCCGGAGAACCGGCUGACCGACGCGGUGAGGAGCGUGUUUGCUCGGGCGUUCGAGCGGUGGUCGGAGGUGAUCCCGAUGAAUUUCACGCCGACGGAUGCGUACCCGACGGCGGACAUCCGGAUCGGGUUCUACGCCGGGGACCACGGCGACGGCGAGCCGUUCGACGGGUCAAUGGGGACGUUGGCGCACGCGUUCUCCCCACCUUCCGGGCAUCUUCACAUGGACGGCGAUGAGAACUGGGUCCUCGACGGCGACUUCCUCAACGCGCCGGCGUCGAUCUCCACGGCGGUGGAUCUGGAAUCCGUCGCGGUUCACGAAAUCGGGCAUAUGUUGGGUUUGGGUCAUUCUUCGGUUGAAGAAGCGAUCAUGUAUCCGUCAAUCGGGUCGGGUACCCGGAGGGUGGAGCUCGCCGGAGAUGAUAUCCAGGGGAUCCAGGAGCUUUACGGGUCAAACCCGAGCUUUACCGGUCCGGCCGCCGCGUUGAAUCCAGCCCAGGGUAACGACGACUUUAGUGGGGCCCAAAUUGCCACAUUGCCACAUUUGUAUAUAGGGGUGGGCAAUCGGGUCCAGGAACUGGGAGUCGGAACCGGACCGCUAGGUUCAGUCCGGAGCACAAAGAUCCUAACCUCUCUCUUCCUUCCCUACGCUAAUCACGAGAAAAAAAAAUCGGCAGAGCCGAUCUCUCCACUGCCGAUCUCGCCGUGCACAGCCAUGGCUUCUACCUCGUCUGAUCCUAUGGAUCGCCUUCCUACGGGUCUCAAGUUGUUUGUCCGGAAUCUUCAAUCCCUAACCCCGGUCAAGCUUGAUGACACCAAUUAUCCCUCUUGGUCGGCUACCGUCCGUGCAAAUCUUCUCGCUCAUCGUCUUCUCGGCUACGUGGAUGGGUCUGAAUCGUCUCCUCCGUCGUUUGUCCUUGAUGAAAAGGCUGCGGCACCCGGCAAGGAUCAACCGCCGGUCAUGAAACCAAAUCCGGCCUAUGAAUCCUGGAAUAUUAUUGAUGCUCAGAUUCGGGCCUGUCUCCUUGCUAUUGUCUCACCCACGGUUCAAACACAUAUUCAUGUUCUUCCCACCUCGGCUGCAAUCUGGAAUCAUCUAGAACAACGGUACAAUUCUCUUUCCCGAACUCAUAUUUUUCAACUGAAGGAGCGAUUACAUGGUGUUACAAAAGGGACCGAUUCGAUGCAAUCCUAUUUGGACACUUUUUUCACGAUUGUGUCGUCUCUCAAACUGGCUCAUGAAGAAAUUUCUGAACAAGAUGUUAUUCUCUGUGUUCUUCGUGGUCUACCGGCCGACUAUGCCUCCCUCAAGCAAAAUAUUCGCACCAAUAUUGCCACUGUCACUUUUAAUCAGGUCUCCUCUUGGUUGCUGUCCGAAGAAUUGAACUUAUCUUUUGAGAAAAAAUUAUCUCUGGGUGACUCCGGCUCUACUUCGUCCGUCGACAUUCAUAAUGCUCUUUUCACUAAUUCCGGACGAGGCAAUGGUAGAGGUCGUGGCCGAGGACCACCGCGAGGCCGAGGAGGGCCUUACCGCGGCAGUCAACCCGGCGGCAGAGGAGGCCGGCAGCCGCCGUACCGUGACGACACCCGCGGCAGAGGAGGUGGCCGAGGGGUGUCCGUUACCUGCCAGUUGUGUGGGAAACCUGGCCAUGCGGUCUGGAAUUGUUGGCACCGCUACGACGAAUCAUACACUGGUCCACCGCAGGCAUAUUAUGCAAAUCAAUCCGCUGAGUCUGGUUCGAAUUGGCACCUGGACACUGGCGCAAACACUCAUGUGACGUCCGAUCUAUCUCGGCUGAAUUCUAUGUCACCAUAUCAUGGCACCAACUCCAUCACAACUGCGGGAGGUAACACCUAUCCUAUUGACCAUACAGGCUCAGAAUCAUCCCUUUAUUCACAACCAAGUUUACCCUCCGUCCCUUCCUUGACGCCGCCGCCGUCAGCCGCGCCGGCGUCCAACUACCAUUCCUCUUCCACCGCCACCCACCGCUGCCUGGCCACCAUCAGGGGCGGCGACUCCUACGUGUUUUGCCUCUCCCUCGCCGGAAAACACCUCUACAUCGGCUCCUCCAACGGCGACAUCGCCGCCGUCAUCUCCGGCGGCCGUGAUAUUAGUCCGGCACCGCGUUUAGUGGGUCGGAGUGGAAGUGCGGUGAAGAGUAUAGUUACCUUGGGUGAUAAACUCAUUAGUGCACACCAAGAUCAUAGGAUUCGAAUAUGGAAAAUGGACAACGAAUUGACUCACAAUAAGUGUUACAAGUGCAUAGCGACCUUGCCAACAUGGAAGGACCGAUUGGCUAAGUUUUUUAACCCAAAGGACUACAUGGAGGUUCGACGGCACAAGCGGUGCACGUGGGUGCACCACGUGGACACCGUAUCGGCCUUAGCCAUGUCCACAGAAGCCUCUUUCCUGUACUCCGUCUCGUGGGACCGGACACUGAAAGUCUGGCGAACUGCCGACUUUAAGUGCCUUCAGUCUGUCCGGAAUGCCCACGACGACGCCAUCAACGCCAUCGUCGUCUCUGUCGAUGGCGUUGUGUACACUGGGUCGGCCGACAAGACAAUAAAGGCGUGGAAGGCCCAGUGCCACGGUGGCGGAAAGGUCGACCUGGGGGCAACACUGGAAAAACACAUGUCGGCGGUCAACGCCUUGGCUUUGACCCCUGACGGGUCAACUCUUUACUCUGGGGCGUGCGACCGGUCCAUAAUCGUCUGGGAGAAAGACGACGACGGGAGGAUGGCGGUCGUCGGGGCACUCCGUGGACACACUAAGGCGAUUCUAUGCAUAGCAGUGGUGUUAGAGGUGGUGUUUAGUGGGUCAGCGGAUAAGAGUGUUAGAGUGUGGAAGAGAGGGAUGGGGAGGAGUUAUUAUUGUUUGGUUGUGUUGGAUGGACAUGUGGGUCCAGUCAAAUGUUUGACUGCAGAUAUUGACCAUAAUAACCCCUCAUCCUACAUGGUUUAUAGUGGCAGCUUGGACUAUGAUAUUAAGGUUUGGGAAAUUUGCCUUACAAACUAAAUCAAUGUGUGGAUGCACAAGGGUUACAUUUAGACUAUAAGAUUCCUAUAUAUGUUUUGUGAGAAAUUUACUUUAAAGUUUUAGGACACUCCAAGAAUAAAAUGUAAAUUAAAGUUUAUUUUGUUAUGAAUGAAGCAAUACAUAUGUU